GGAGAGGCAUCUCGAACUCGAAGAAAAGUGAAAAAAGCAGCCUCCUCCUCCUCCCGAGCAACGGCUCUCCAGUCUCCACUAGCGCUCCCAGCUCCCGAGAAUCUCUCCCGCUUUUUUGAGCUCAUCCGUCGGGCCGGCGGAGGGAGGUGAGGGGAAGCGGAGGUGGAGCGGAGGGGUGGCGAGAUGGGGUCCGGAUCUUUCCUCAAGCUGCUGGCCAACAACUUCGACGUGCUCGCCGGGCCAUUAGUUUCACUUGCUUACCCAUUAUAUGCCUCUGUGAGAGCUAUAGAAACAAAAUCUCCUGUAGAUGAUCAGCAAUGGCUGACUUACUGGGUGUUGUACUCGUUUAUCACUUUGUUUGAGCUUACUUUUGCUCCAGUAAUUGAAUGGCUUCCUUUCUGGUCCUAUGCAAAGUUGUUCUUCAACUGCUGGCUGGUCUUACCUUGCUUCCAUGGUGCUGCCUAUGUUUAUGACCACUUUGUGCGGCCAAUGUUUGUGAAUCGUCAAAUAGUAAAUGUCUGGUAUGUCCCAAGAAAAGAAAAACUAAGCAAACCUGAUGAUGUGCUUUCAGCAGCAGAGAGAUAUAUCGAACAGAAUGGUCCAGAAGCGUUUGAAAAACUCAUCAGCAAGUCUACAAGGGGUUCAAACUCCAAAAGAAAAACGAAGCAGUCUAUCUUGGAGGAGGUAGAAUCUGAACACAUAACCAGGGCUGAAACAGAAUCGUGGGGUGAAAAUCCAUUCUACGAUAAAAAUUAUCGAUACUAAAAUAACAUGUUCUUCAGGAUCAUGUGCUCACUGGGUUUAGCAUAAUGUUUACUACUCCUGGCAAAAUCUAGGAUCACAUGUGGUCUUACAAAGUUGCACCUCUACUUCCCAGGCUGCCUAUCUGAGCUAAGGAAAAGCUUUCCACGCGAUCUGACUUGUGGAUUGUACUUCGAUGCAUCACAUCUACUGAAUCGGAUUCAUUCCCAGUCCCAGAACAAUUCUGCAUUUGCUAAACUAUUGUAAAUAUGUGCUAGUGUUGACAAUAUCAUUUAGUUUUUAGAUUAUGUCAUGUAGUUUGUCUUGUGUGUGAGCGACAGAUUUCUGGACUUGGUUUGCUGUUGUAUUUUUCCUUCUUGGACAAGGGCCAGAAUUGAAAAAGUCUUCUCGAGAAUGCAGAUGCCUAUGUUGUGCUGCUCGCAAGGCAGAGGAGAUGUUCGCAUCCCCUGCAUCAGUCUGCUGUGUCCUAGCAGGACACAUCUUUCAC